CGAUCGAACCAAUGCGCUUAUUCGUGUGUGAGCCCAAGAGCUAGCUAGACAUCGUCUCGUACCUCCGCGAAGUGCAUUGGUCGGCAAGACGGUAAACAAACAAAGCGUGACACUUAUCCGGUCACUCGGGGGUGAAAAUACCGACAGUGUGGUGUAACGUGCAGCUCCGCUUCAGAACCGGCACCAAACAUGAGAUGCUCUAGGUGGCCCCUGUUACCCCUGCUGCUGGUGCUGACCGUUCAGCAGUGUGCCGGCCAGCGGGAAGUGUUUCGGCUGUUCGCGAACUGUCGCUACGGCAAGCCCAACUUUGAUCCGUGCAUCAAGAAAGCGUUCAACGCGCUACGGCCAUGGUUUAAGACAGGUUUGCCCGAGUUUAACGUGGCCCCGUUCGAUCCUCACCGGGCCGAAUUCAUCGAGCAGCGGCGGGGCGAUCUCGGCGGGCUCGGCGGCUACCGGUUGCUGCUGUCCAACGUGUCCGAGUACGGCUGGAUGCAGUCGGAGGUGACCAAGUACCGGACCGAGCCGAAGCACGACCGCAUCGUGUACUCGCAGUUCUUCCCGGAGAAAUCGCUCGACGGCGGCUACGACUUCCAGUCGAAGAUUCUCGGCCUGCCGCGCCAUACGCGGGGCGUGUGGAAUCUGACGCUGUACAACUACAGCCAGACGACGACGGUGACGCGCAUCGGUGGGCCAGGGGGGCUGCUGAAGGUGCGGGUCGAGAUCGACAAGAUCGGCGACAUGAAGCUGCACAUCUCCGACCUGUUUCAUGGGGCGAAAAUUAUCGAAUCAAUUGCCGACUUCUUCAUCAACACGAUGUGGCAACCGAGCUUCCCGUUCAUCAAGCCCCUGAUCAACGAUCUCGUCAGCGUCGCCUUUACGGACAUCUUCAACGAAUCGUUCCGGUACUUCCCACUGGAUCAGGUGAUACGAAGCUAAAACAGGGGAAUGCAACCAUCACACGCCGCCAUUUCGUCCUGCAUGGCGAAUCUCCGAAUGUGAUAAGCUUUACUUUGUAAAAAUAAAACAACUUUUCUAUUUGUACGUUUGGUAAUAAUAAAACAAAAAAAAACAAAACGCUCCUUGGGUUAAGAGAGCUACAACUGUCAAACAAAAAGUAGUGAAAAUCCCAACAAGCUUUUUCUUAUGGUGAGGUAUCUUCAACACAUACACGUAUAGUUUAACUUUAUUGUCAAGUAUGUACAUCAACAUCAAGACGAUCACUAAGCGGUCGCAAGUCACGACUGUGCUUUUGCUUCGGACUACUGGGAAAGGGGCGGUUCUGAACGAUCAUUCUCGUUUGACUGUCUCUGUCUGCUUUAUUAGUUGUACUGCGUGGGGAACAUUCGCCGGGAGGGGUGUGGGUGGGACAUCUGAGAUAUAUCUGCUUAUUGUCAAUUGAACCUGAUUAAGUAACUUCCUCGUGACAAGAUACACACACACACACACACAAACAGACACGGACAUAAAUACACACCUUCACAUCGACAUUGGCUACACUUGGGCCCUAAACUUCUGCACUGUACAACGAAUGUAAAUACCCAAUUCCGUGUCGUUGAAGUCGUACAUUGUUGGUUGGUUUUGCUUCCUAGAAAGUGUAAAUCUACUAACAGGUAGGAGUCAACAUCACGCCACUUUUGGUAGCAAUAAACUAGCGACUAGCGAGUAAAACAAAUCACUCA